AUGAAAGUCGAAACAGCUAUGGAAAAACCUCGAAAAGAGGUCAAUGUAUCUCUGUUGGAGGCAUUCGAUUCUUUAAAAUCAGAAAAGCAAGACGUUAAAGUUAAUGCUGGAGCUAAAAUAAUAUUGCGGUUACAAUUGGAUAAGAAUGAAAAGGAGAUUCAGUACUUUCUUAGAAGAGUUGUGAGAAGUUUAGGGGCAAACACUCCCAAUUUUAGGACAGGUUACUUUGCAACCCUUGUUACCAUGCUAACAAAAUUUCCUGAAAUAACUGUAUCACAGUUAUUAAAAUUUACUAAAGAAGAAUUACAUGCUAAUGGGUCAUCAAAAAGUGAAGUUGGUGAUGUUUCUCUUGGUCAAAUUCUUGUAUGUGGAGCAAUUUUUAGAUCUGGAUUAAUCCUCAAAUGCUCUGAAGAAGAGCAAAAACAGACACUACAGACUUUGCAAGUGGCAAGCACAAAAAAAUCAUAUUUGGGUACAACAGCAUCUCUCAUAUUAUUGGACUUGAUUCAAGAAAUAGACGAACUUCAGUUUUCAAGUAUUAUAUGGACAAAUAUUAAAACAAUGUACAAAAAGGAAAUAAAGGAACACACAUUAGAUUCUCUUCAUUUUCUUUUAGUGAUUAGUAGAAAAUUUCCUGGUAAAGUAAAAGUGAGAAAGCUAAUUGGAAGUCCAGAAAUUUUACAUGAAGAUAACAUGGAAGACUUAACUGAAAAGCUUUUGGAAGGAAUUGACUUCUCCCUAGUAAAUCAUCCUAUCUAUGAAGAAUUCGGAAAACAAGUAGCAACAUCACCUCUCCUUUUACAAGUUUGGAUGAAAAUAGAUGGUCAUCUCACAAAGCAUAAUAGAAAUAGGGAAAUGGUUGCUAUCAAUAUACUGAGCAAUGUUUUCAAAAAUAUAAAUGACAAUGUCCAAGUCAUAUCAGAGUUGAUAAGCAAAAACUUCUUCAAACUGUUUUUAGACUGGUUUAAAGGUCUUCAAACCGCGAGUAAAGUAAGAAAUAGAAAUGAAAGUGAAGAUGAUCAAAAAAUUAUGAUAAAAAAGGAAAAGGAACUUCUUAAUUAUCUUGUCAAAGCUAUGAAGUCAGACGCAGUUACUAAUACCCUUAGAGUUGAUGUUCUGAAGAAACUAUUAUUUGAUCCUGGAGAAGUGAAUUUUACAGAAAUAACAGGAACUAACAUAAUUAAACUAAUAUGCACAGAUUUAGAUAAAGACGGAGUUAAAAAAAUUUGUGCACUGUUAAAAAUGGUACUUCUAAAUACAUCAAAAAAAAUGGUUAAAGAGGGUUUUGAGAGGCACUGGUUCAACAAUGAGAGGGUUACAGCUGCUGAAUUAAUAUCUUUUCUGGUAACUCAUGAUGCAGUGAAGGAUGACACUGAAUUUAAAAUUCACCAUAUGCAAUUGUUAAUGUGCUUUGGGUUUUUUAAAAUCAGUGGAGACAACAGUACUUCUAUUAGCAGUGAAUUAGCAGGUUCCAUUAAGUCAUGCUUUUAUCGCUGCUUCUCAUCAAGAUUUACAAAUGUUGAUGACCUUGUGACAGUUUUGUCAUCCUUAUGUCAUUUUAUAUCAAAAGUAUUAAAGAAAGAGAAUGUCAAGGAAAAGUUGGAAAAACAAUUUUCUCAAGACAGCUUCUUUUGUUGGAAUAUGCUAAUGGAAAUAUGUGAAAGUAUUGAACAAAAUGACUCCAAAUCCAAAAUUGAUAAAGUUUUUCUUAUUUUACUUUAUCAACUCGGUUUGUUCCUAUUCUCUGAACCAGCAUAUAUAAAGAUGGCUCGUAAUUCCAUUAAAGAGUUGAAAGAAUGCUACCAUCACUACAGCAAAGGUAAAAACAGUAAACCAAUGAAAAAGCCAAUGGUAACAAAUGAUGAACCUGAAUGGAUUGAAGUCAUGAUUGAAAUAUUAUUGUCCAUACUUUCUAUUGAUUCUAGUGUGUUACGAUCAGUUGUCCAGUGUGUUUUUAGGCUAUUGUGGGAGAAUCUUACUCCAUCAUCAAUUGGACAAAUUGUAUCAGUACUAGAUCCAGAUAGUGCAGAAAAUCCUUUGACACAAGGGGACUCUGAGAAUGAAGGUUCAAGUGACUCAGAGAGUGAUGAUGAUAAAGAUGAGUUACACACGGAAUCUCCAAAGGGUAAUGGGGAAAUUGAAGAGGAUAGCGAUGACGGCGAAGAAGAUGAGGAAGAAGAUGACGAUUUAAAAAAUCCAGAUCAACUGAAAAUAGCGAUACAAAAAGCGCUAGGAGCUGAUGCAGCCGAUGAUGACACUGAAAGCAUUGAUGUCGAUGAUAUUGACGAGGAAAAGGGCAAGGAACUGGAUGAGGCACUGGCAGAAGCAUUCAAACAAUACCACCAAGAUAAAAAUAAAAAGUCGAAGAAAGAUCGUAAAAACAAAAAGUCUUUAUCCGAUUUUAGAAUCAGAGUUCUGGAUUUAAUAGACAUAUAUUUGGAGAAAGGUCCUUCAAUGGACAUAUGCCUUGAAAUGAUAGCGCCCCUAACACGAGCUCUUGAAUUUUGUAUGCAAGACAACGAUUUCAAGGAAUUAGAAAACAGAUUAAGAAAGACUGUGAAGACUUUAGCAAAAGUGAGAAAAUUUUCACAUGUUGAAGACAUUACAUUAGAUGUUUUGAGUGACUACUUGAAAUCAAUAAUUGAAAAGGGUUCAAGAUCCUACUUCAUGUACCAAGCGCUUGGAGAUGUAAUCACAAACAUAGCUACAUUCAUUAUACAUUGUUCAUUAAAAAUUGAACAACCUAAGGCACAGAAGUAUGUCUGUCCUCUUACAAAUAUGCUUAAACAGACACUUAUUGAUUUUUUCACAAAUCGUAGUUGUUUACUACCUAUAAUAUUCUUUCACAAUAUAUUACAACUUGACUGGAGCGGCAACUAUGAAUUCAUACCCAUAAUUAUACAAAACAUCUUUGACUCAAAUAUAAGACAGUUUCGACGAAAUGAAGGUCUUGAAUUAAUGAUGGGCUUUUAUAGAACACUUAAUAGAAACAAACCUGACAAUGCCAAAAUAACAAAAAGAAUAAUAACCUUAGAAAAUGAUUUUAAAGAUAAACUAAUAAAUGCAAUAGAUGAUCCAGGAUAUUGUGUGAAAAAGAACUUCAUGGUGCUGUUGAAAAAGUUUAUUAACGUUUUAAGAUCGUUUCAUGAAAAUUGUCACAUUGAAACAGAAUUAGACUUUAAGGAGUUAGUAAACAAAGUCAACAAGCUGAAAAAGAGUAAAACAAAAGAAAAUGAUUUGCCAAAAUCACAUCUUCAACAGAAUGGUAACAAAAAUAAAAAAAGACACUCUCAAAUUAUAGCAGAUACACCUGCUAAAAAACUUAAGAAACAGAAAACGUAA